ACCGUUCGACAUGAUUUUUCACCGUUUUACAACGACGAUGAUGAUGACCUUGCCGUUCCGCGUGAUAAGCGUCUUGAUCACUUGGCCGACUACGGUUGGGGCGUUCCAAAUUUACUCACGUCAGAGCGCUAGAGUCUUAUCGAUUGCGUCCGGCACAUCGCCGGAGCUAUCCGCAAUUGCUCGUUCCACAGCCCGCACAUUCGACCCUCGUCGGUCCUUUCCCUCUAGUAGGACCGCAAUUUCCUCCACGACCGCAUUACUUCUCAGCGAGGGAGAACAGAAUGGUUCGGAACCCGUCACGGCUUCUUCCGCAGUUCCCAGACGCAAGCGACGGGUUACGCGACGAAAGGAUGCGACGGAGGAAGAGGAGUCGACCGACGCGAUGAACUUUGCGACAAACGGUAGCACAUCGGUUCCUCGCUCUAGCGUCUCCGAGCGAAGGCCUGAACUUCGACCGCGACAAGACUCGGCUGUUGCGGUCAAGGUGACUGAUAUUCGCGAGUUGACGGGUCAGAAGAAACCCGCAGCCAUGUCUUCCCCUGCGUCGUCCAGAAGUAGUUCGGUAUCCGGUACAGCGCCGACUGCCCCGUUUCCCAGUGUGGCGAACGACAAUUCUAGAGACGACGAUCGUGAAUCGAACACGAUGGAUUCCUUGGAACGCCUUUUGGCCGACGCCAAGCAAAUGGAAGCCCUGGAAGCAAAACAAGCAGAAUCGGCGGCCGAAGGUGGCAAGGGGCCAACGUCCAACCUCGUGGCCACCGUCCGCAGUGCCAUUUCAACUAUCGUCACAGUGGACUUUUUCUUUGUCUGCUUUUUGCUGCUGUGGUUCCUGACGGGUAUUUUUGGAUCCUACAUUCUCAAAAAUGAUACUAUCCAGAUUGCCUUUAACAGUAACUUUCAACAAAUUGCGCAGCCUGCUUUGGGGAUUCUCAUGAUUGGGUCAGUCGCCGGAGCGUUCUUUAACGAAGACGAAGACACUUAG